GUUUACUGUUGACGUGUUGACAGGUUGUACUACUGCGGCGUUUUGCUUUGUCGCGCGGCACCGCCCAUAGAACUUCCUAUACCUAUCUAAGGGCCACGGUGCCUGCUUAACGCAGACGAAACAACGUAUUAUCACACACAACACUAGAGUACUAAUUAGGCCAGAUGAUUCAGUGAGGAGGACCUUGCAGCCGAGAUUGAAAGCGAACUAGUUGCAUCGGGCAUCCUACAGCGUUCCGCCCAAGACGAUGGGCUUACACCUAUUCAAUCAGACUUGCUAGUACUAACAUACUAAACCACAUGUCGCUUAAUGUUUCCGACGCCUUGCUCAAGGCGGUACAACGCGGCCGGGAGCGCCAUUCCCCACCUAUCGUCAACAAGGCCUCCUCCAGGUGGCCCACACCCUCCCCUAGUCCCCCGGGCCUUGUGGUGGAGGAGCUGGAGUACUAUGCGGAGUCCGGGUCGCAGGGCUGGGUGCCGCUGCGCAUCAUCCGCCCCCCCGACCAGCUGCUUGAGGGCAGCAGCCCCGCAUCGCCCUCGCCAUCCGCCUUGCUGUCGUCACCCGUGCUAGCGUCUCCAUCGCCGCCGCAAGCAUCACCGCUGCAGCGAUUGCAGCCGCAGCAGCCGCAACAGCAACAGCCGCAGCAGCAAGUGCAGCAGUCUUUUUCGGAUGUGUUGGGAUCGCCAGGCAGUCCCAGCAAGGGGCUGGCGGAGGAGCCCGGCCCACCGCAACCUCGGCUGCUGCGGCGGCCGGUGGUCAUCUUUGUGCAUGCUACCGGCCAGUGCAAGGACUCCGUACGGCACCGGCAGGAGCUCUUCGCACGCCUGGGCUACUUCACCGCCGCCAUCGACGCACGCUACCAUGGCCUGCGAGCCACCGUGCCGUACGAACUAGCUGCCGUACUGGCGGCAGACGGCACGAACCAAGCGGCCGCGGCACUGCCGCCGCCGCCCUCGUCGGCAUCUCCACCGCCGCCGCCAGCGGCCAUUCCCUCCGCCGCCACCAUUGCCGGCUGCAGCAGCUGCAGCAGCGUCAGCGGCGGUGACACCAACGCCGCAGCCGCAUCCAACGUCGUGACGGCGGUUCGAAAUCUGAACCCCAAGAUCUUAUCAGCCCUGGAACGCGCUGAUGCCGCUGCGGGUCUGACGCGCGGGGCCGGCGGUGGCGGCAGUGGCGUUUCUAGCCCCUUUGGCAUCGGCAGCCCCCGUCUGGGCGCACCUAGCGGCACCGCUACGGCAAGCGCCACUGCCAGCCCCAGUCCGCAAGCCAGCCUGGAAUCCAGGGUGGGCCAACCGCGCGCGGCGCCGGCGGUGGCGAUGGGGAAGCACCAAGCGGCUGCUGCCGCCCGACAGGAGCGGGCGCUGGAACAGGCGCGUCGCGCACACGAGCGGUUCGUUGACGGUUGGGUUGCCGCCAUGGCUGAUUUCACGGACCGGAAGGGGCGUGCGGCUGCCAAGGCAGUCCUCGCCACCGCUGCCAGCGUGGCAGCGGCAAGGGUACUGCAUACCGGUGG